AUGGCUCCACGAGGACGAGGAGGAAAAUUCUCAAAGCCCACCAGGGGAGGUGGCAAGCAUUUCUCCCGUGACCUACAACCUCUAGACAAGGAGGGAAAUCAGAUGGGCAUGUGGCGAGAAGCAGAAGAAGGAGAUGAUGGUGAAGAAGAAGAAGAAGAAGAAGAAGAAGAAGAAGAAGAAGAAGAAGAGUCCUCAGAAGAAGAGUCAUCGGAAGAAGAAUCUUCAGGCGACUCUGGCGAGGGGGCUUCCGCAGCGCAGCCCCCGUCAAAUGAGCUGACCCGAGAACAACGCAAAGAGCUCGCUCGCAAGAAAAAACAAGAAGCCAUUGCAAAAAAGAAUCAGAAGACCGCCGCGGUAGGGGACCUGCCGAGUGACUCCGACGAGGAGGAGGAUGAGGAGGAAGAGGAAGACGACGAUAUGCCCGCAAACCCCAAUCACACGCAAAAGGCGAGGUCGCAGGCAAGAGCUGUCACGGGCGCCAGCGGGGAAGCACCAAAGAAGGCGGACAAGGAGAAUCUCAGCAGGCGGGAACGAGAAGCCAUUGCUGCACAGCAAGCUAGAGAGAGAUAUCAGAAGCUACACGCCGAAGGCAAGACCGACGAAGCACGCGCCGACCUGGCGAGACUCAAGUUGAUCAGAGAGCAACGUGAGGCCGCCGCGGCACGGAAGCAGGCUGAGAAGGAGGAAAAAGAAGCCCGUGACAAAGAGAGGUACGAGCGGGAGGCCAAGCUGAGAGAAGCAGCACUGGGCACUGCUGGCACCGCGAAGCAGGUCAAAAAGGCCAAGAAAUGA